AUGUUUGCCGUCGACUGCGGGUGGAACGUCAGUAGGGUUGGCACUGAGUUGAUGGAGCUCCCGCAGGAAUCGUACGAGCAUCUCAGGAGGAAUGUGAACUUUGUGUUGGACACCUUGCCUGAGUCGUGCCAGGAGCGCAUUGCCGAGAUCACGCAGCUUGUGUUUGGGCAGUCAAGACGCCACAUCCUUCCCACAGGAUCUGCCUUCACUGUUGAAAAGGUGCAAGCACGUCAGCCGGACACUGAUGAUUUCCCCGAUGUCAAGAACUUGGAUCCGAAAAUGUUCGCGACUCCACCAGCUGACGCACCUCCCAAGCUGCGCCGCCCCGGCCUUGGCGAAGGUCGCCGUCGAGAGAUGAACGACCUGCACUUGGAGCCGAAGCAAUUGGCCAACAUUUUCUGGGCCAUGUCCAAGUUGGGCUUCCGUGGCAGCUUGCUGUGGCAGCUGGGCGACGAUCUCUCCAGACCAGGUCGCCUGGAUCACUUUCAAGGGCGAGAUUUAGCAGCCCUGGUUCGAGCCUACGCAUCGCUGGAGGUGCUACACGAGGGUCUCUUCCGUUCAGUGGCCAGCGCUGCACAGAAGACGCUGACGAGCUUCAGUUCGCAAGACCUGCAGGACGCUUCCGUGUACAACGGGUUUCCAGAGCGGAAAAAUGGAACCCAUGGGAACCCACAAUCCUGUAAGAAAUGGUGGUUUAAACAGCAAACGUGUGGAAACGUUAGGGGAUUAUAUAUAUAUAAUUAUAUACAUGAAUAUAUUGUGCAGCAUGCGGAUGGUUCUCAGGGUUGCUUCAGCCCCUUAUAG